AUGGAUAUCCUUAGAGGUUGUUCAGAUGUGUUCUCAUCUUACCGAUUGAAUGCUGCUGCUUGGGCAUCAGGUUUUUCUUACCAGUUCCGUGAGCAGUUAUUUCAAGCAGCCAUUGAUACUCCAGUCAAGCUACCAAUUAACUUCUUCAAGAAUCGCGGAAGGUUGAUGGAGGUAUGGAAAACGAUUAUGUGGUGGUUUCAGCCUUUAUUUGGCCGAAAAGUGAAGGACAUCACGGGGUCCUAG